AACAUUAUUGAUCUUGCCACUGGAAUAACUUUGUUGUACUUGUUCUUUUACUGAGAGAAUUCCUCUUUGUAAUAGUGACAUGCAUUUUCACAUUAUCAGGUUGUUGAGAUGCUCUGUGGAAAUGAAAACACAUGAUGUACCUGAAUGCAAAAACGUAAAUUAUUAUAUUUUGUACUUUUACAGGUCAUGUAGCAUUACUUAACAAACUUUCAUAUACGUUAUACUAUAUUUUCGCUUCUCUAUGUGAUUUAUAUCACAAACAUUUAUCAGACGUCUGAAAUGUGCAAAACUAUAUUGUUUUGGUAAUAUCUUUGCAAUUCAUUGUACUGGACUCAAAGCGCCGCUGUUGGUCAGCUUCUUGCAGUGUUUCACUGCAGAUGGGUUAUGGACAAACACCUCCCCUCAAAAUAGCAAGAUAGUCGAGGCAGAAGGCACGGCGUACUUAAUGCUCCGGGAUACUGAACAUUAUUUGUUAUGGUUCGGAUUUCUAUUUCUUUUCACGAGGAAAGGUGCUGUGGUACAUUCAUUCCCCGCGAGAACUGCGCUUAGGAGAGGAUACGAUACAUUUUGGAAUAUAAUUCUCCGUGUAAUUUGCACUCUACCACUGAGGAAAAUGUCGGACAGAACAAUAGUGCGGCAAGUACCACUACUGAUUAUGUUCCUUCUCUCUAUCAGCUCGACACACGGACAGGCCAGCUACUCCAUUCCCGAGGAAAUGGUGAAAGGGUCUGUUGUGGGUAACAUUGCGCAGGAUUUAGGUUUAGACCUGAAACGACUUAAAUCUGGAAAGGCACGUCUUUACACCGGAGAUAACACGGAAUACGUUGAGCUGAAUAAGGACAAGGGGAUGCUUGUUAUCAAAGAGAGAAUAGAUCGCGAAGCAUUAUGCGGUCAGACAACGCCUUGCGCCCUUCAUUUUCAGGUUAUUCUUGACAGCCCAAUGGAAUUUUAUAGCUUAACAGUCGAAGUAACAGACGUUAAUGAUAAUGCGCCGUCUUUCAAAAAUAAUGAAAUGGAAUUUAAGAUCAGCGAGUCUGCUUUACCCGGAGCGAGAUUUGUGCUCGAGAAAGCUAUGGAUUUGGAUAUAGGUAGUAAUGGUCUGCAGAGUUAUUUUGUAAAGCCCACAGAUCAUUUUGCACUGAAAGUACAAAACGAGGCCGAUGGUGGAAAAAAUAUCGAAAUGGUGCUUCAGAAACCUCUGGACAGGGAAAUGAAAGACCAUAUAACUUUGAUCUUAACAGCAACGGAUGGAGGUGAUCCGAAAUUAUCAGGCACAGCGGAAAUACGUAUUACGGUUUUGGAUGCGAAUGACAAUGCGCCUGUUUUUACACAAGCAAUUUAUAAAGCAACCAUUGUCGAAAAUGCUCCCAAAGGUACAAUUUUAAUGACAGUUAGAGCAACUGAUGCUGACCUGGGUUCUAAUGGCAAAGUAACGUACGCCAUUACAAAUAAAGCGGAUGGUAUUUCAGAACUAUUUAAGAUUAAUGAGUCUGAUGGAGAAAUGACAGUGGUCGGCCAUAUCGAUUUUGAGAAAGUGCAGCGUUUUGAAAUACACAUACAAGCAAGUGAUGAAGGUGGGCUUACAGAUUCGUCUAAAGUGGUAGUGGAUGUAGUGGACACGAAUGAUAACAUGCCGGUUAUUAAUCUCAUGUCUAAAUCACCCGUGAUGUCCGAAGACUCCAAACCUGGCACAGUCAUAACAAUGAUUAACAUUCAGGACCAAGACUCAGGAGACAAUGGAAAAGUCCACUGCUUGACAGACGAUAACGUGCCUUUUACAUUGAAAUCGUCUUCAAAUAACUUCUUCAGUUUAGUAACUGACGGUAAUUUAGACCGAGAACAAAACCCUUCCUAUAACAUUAGUGUGACGUGCUCUGAUGAAGGAGUGCCCUCACUUUCCAGCAGCGUCUCUCUUUCCUUGCAGAUAUCAGAUGUGAAUGAUAACGCACCCGUGUUUGAAAGAAGCUCAUACCAGGCUUUUGUUCUUGAAAACAACUCUCCGGGGCUUUCUAUAUUUUCAGUUAAAGCUAAAGAUGCGGACUGGAACCAGAAUUCUCGGGUUUCAUAUUUAAUAGAGCAAUCUUUAGUUAAUGGAGUAUCUGUUUCUUCUGUCGUUUCGGUUAAUGCUGAAAGCGGAGUUAUUCAUGCAGUGCGCUCAUUUGAUUAUGAACAGAUCAAAGAUUUUACGUUUAGCAUUAAAGCGCAAGAUGGGGGCUCUCCUCCUCUAAGUAGUAGCGUUAGUGUAAAAAUAAUCAUCCAAGAUCAGAAUGACAACACACCACAGAUAUUGUACCCUGUACUGUCUAGUGGUUCUCUCGUGACUGAGAUUGUACCUCGUUCAGCAGAUGUGGGCUAUCUUGUCACCAAAGUGGUGGCUAUAGAUGUGGACUCGGGACAGAAUGCCUGGCUCUCAUAUAAACUACAAAAAGCAACAGACAGGGCGCUCUUUGAAGUGGGUGCUCAGAAUGGAGAAAUAAGAACCAUUCGCCAAGUCACUGAUAAAGAUGCUGUGAAACAAAAGUUGACUGUUAUCGUAGAGGACAAUGGCCAACCUCCUCGCUCAGCUACAGUCAAUGUUAAUGUAGCUUUGGCAGACAGCUUCCCUGACGUGCUGUCUGAAUUCAGUGACUUUACGCAUGACAAGGAGUAUAACGACAAUCUCACCUUUUACCUGGUCUUGGCCCUGGCUGUGGUUUCAUUUCUCUUCAUCGUAUCAAUAAUAGCCAUACUGUCAGUAAAAUGCUACAGAUGGAGACGUGAGCGGAUGUGUUAUAAAUCUAAUGGAAAUCUACCGGUCAUUCCGUAUUACCCGCCACUUUACGCAGACGUAGGAUGUACGGGUACUCUACAGCAUGUGUAUAAUUACGAGGCUUACCGCACGACAGACUCCCGUAAAAGUGGUCUGAAAUAUGGCAGACCUUGCAGUGAAAGCAUCAUUAGUCUGGAUAACACUGGAACAUUGCCACCUGCUCAAAGAGAAAAGCUGAUCAAUGAAGAUUUUGAUGAUGAGGUGAGCAUAUCAUUCUGAAAUUCUGACAUUCUGUCAUUACGCUUUCUCUGACGAAAUGUCUGGCCUAUUACCAGCGAUUGUUUUGAUGCCCUUUUUUUGUUUGUAAUGACAGGUGCAUUUUCAUAUUUUGAGAAGUUAAUUUGGUUUACUGCACACGAAAGGGAAGCAUAUUCAUUUUUGGAAAUACACGAUGAUGCCUAUAAGGGGAAGUCGAAAGGGGAAACAGUUAUUGAUACACCCUCUAGAAUUUCUUGCAUGACAGAUUGUAUUGUU